AUGAGUAGUAUUUCUUUGGAAGCUUCUGGCACGGAUUCAAUACAGGUUUGAGAAUUUUGGGAGCCUGGGAAGGGUUUCGGGAUCCUGAGAGUGGGAUUUUUGAACUUUGGAUGAUUUUUUGACCCGGGAACUUUUUUUUUGAGAGUUUCUAGAAAGAUAUUGAUAAAAAUUAGAAUUUUCAAAUUUUCCCGCCAUUUUCAUUUUCUAGAAAAUUUGGAUUUUCAAAUUUUCCCGUCAAUUUCAUUUUCUAGAAAGUUUGAAUUUUCAAAUUUUCCCGCCAAUUUCAUUUUCUGGAAAUUUUGAAUUUUCAAAUUUUCCCGCCAUUUUUCAUUUUCUGGAAAAUUUGAAUUUUCGAAUUUUCCCGCCAAUUUUUCUAUUUGAAAAUUUGAAUUUUCAAAUUUUCCCGCCAAUUUCAUUUUCUAGAAAGUUUGAAUUUUCAAAUUUUCCCGCCAAUUUCAUUUUCUAGAAAAUUGGAAUUUUCAAAUUUUCCCGCCAAUUUCAUUUUCUGGAAAUUUUGAAUUUUCAAAUUUUCCCGCCAAUUUCAUUUUCUAAAAAAUUUAAAUUUUCAAAUCUUCCCGCCAAUUUCAUUUUCUGGAAAAUUUGAAUUUUCAAAAUUGAAAUCCACGUGGCACGAUUUUUCGACCCCAAAAAUCUUCACAAAAAUGCAAUUUUCAAAACCCGAAAAAUGUAUGUUUCAAGAUUUUCUGAUUAAAAAAUUGAGAAUUGAAAUUUUUGAUAAGUGCUGAUUUUUGACAAUUAAUAAAUUUGGUAAUUUUCAGUUUCUAAGCCUAAUUUUUCGAAUUUCGGAGCAUUUUUUGUGCUCCGGAACUUGGAUUUUUGAAUUCAGGAUGAUUUUUUUGACCUCUAGGCCUAUCAUUUUAUGUUAAAAAUUUUAAUAUUUGGAUUUUUCGGACCUUUUUAGUUUCCAAACCUGAUUUCUGAUGAUGGGAGCAAGUUUUGUGCUCCGAAAAUUGAAUUGUUGAAUUCUAGACCAAAUUUUGACCUGGGGAUAUAUUAAAAACGUGGCAAAAAACAAAUUUAAAUUAAAAAUUUCGAAAUUUUCACCCCGAUUUAUCGUGACUCCAAAAAAAACAGGUCCAAUUUCACAACAAAGAAUUUCGUAACCGUUUUUUUCCAGUUUUUUUCUUGAUGAAUUUCUAAUUUCCCCCGUUCCUUUUACUUUUUGAGAAUUUAAUUUCGCGAAAAAGUUCCUCUUUUAGUUUUCUCUGCGUCUCUCACUUUCUCGUCUCCUCUGGGGAAUUUCAGCAAAAGGAUUAUUUAGAGACUCAGUUUCAAUUUCAAUUUCAAUUUCAAUAUUUUUUGAGUUUUUGAAUUUAAAUUUGGGAUUUUUUUGAAUUUUUCAUAUCAUGAUUUUCAAAGAAAAAAAAUGAAAUUUUAAUUUUUGAAUUUUUCACCAAUUUUAUUUUGUAGAAAAUUUGAAUUUUCAAAAUUUCCGGCUCAUUUUUUCUUAAAAGAAGAGUUUUCCUCAAAAAAUUAAAAUCCACGUGGCACAAAUAUUUGGGGCUAAAAUUCCUUCCACAAAAAAUGUGAUUUUCAAUACCCGAAAAUUUUAUGUUUCAAAAUUUUCUGAUAAAAAAUUGAGAGUUGGAUUUUCCGAUUAAGAAACGUGUUGAUCUUUCAAAAAAAAAAAAAAAAUUCAAUUUUUAAUUUUUUAAAAAAUUAAUAAAAAUUAAAAUUUUUAGCGCAAAUUCAGGAUGAAUUUGUGACCCACAAAAAUUUGACCUUAAAUUUAUCUACUCCGCCUGCAAAAAUUUGAAUAAUCUCUUGUUUUUGGCGCGAAAACAGAUGUUUCCAAAAUCUUCGAAAACAUUUUUUUUCCCGCGCGCGCAAACAUUUUUACAUGACAGAUGUUCCUUUAAAAAAUCGAGGGAACACCUUGAAAAAGUCAAGGGUCCUUAAAAAAUGAAUUGAUACUAAUUGAGGAGGAAAAUAUGUUCACUGAAAUUAGGACGAAAAUUCACGUGGCAGGAUUUUUUUCGCUUCAGGACCCAAAAACUACAGUACUUCUUUGCUAUGAUUUUUGAAAAAAUAUCGAAUAUUUGAGAUACUGUAAUCGCGGCAAGACCAAAAAUAUUCUAUAGAUUACUGUAAGAAUUCUAAAUUUUCAAAUUUUCGCGCGAAAUUUGAAAAAUUCAAAAAAUUAAUUAUUUUAAUAUUAAUUAAUAAUUUUCUGCUGUGUUCAUUCAUGUUUUGGUAUUAAAUUUCGAGUACUUUUUCCGAAGAACAUAUUGUUUUGUUUGUGCAUAUGUUCUCUUUGAGCACACACAUUUUUGGGUGUGAGCUCAGAUUUCAUUCACAAUUAUUUUGUGAGCAAGCAUUACUCAUGUUAUUUUUAUUUAUUUAUUUUUUAGUUAGCACAUUUUCAUUUUAUUUUUAGUCCAAAAAAAUUAUUUUCAAAACCUGAAAAAUUUAGGUUUCAAAAUUUUUUGAUUAAAAAAAUUGAGAGUUUCAAUUAUUCCACAUUUUAUUGUGUUCAUAAAAAUUUCAGUUUUUAAAUUUUAUUUUCAAAAUUUUCCCCCGGAAAUCCCAAAUUUUCCAAAUUUUUGUGUGUUUUCCGAAAUGCAUUGCGAUAUAGCGUGACUCAUCCUAAACUUUGUCUUUUUCUUCUUUUCUCCCUUUUUUUUCGAAAUUUUUUUGUUUUCCGAUUUUUUUUUUGGUGAAAAACAAGGCGAAAUAUACUUAUUUUGCUGUUUUUUUUGGCCAGAAAACAAAAAAAAAACAUUUCUAAAGUUGGUUUCUGAGCUAAAAGUCCCAGACAAUUUUCUCUGUCUUCUCUAAUCCUCUCACUCUCUCUCACUUGGCUCUUUUUAAUCCUGAGGUGUAAUUAGGGAAUUCAGACCACUAAUGACACCUUUUUUCUUUGGUGGCAGAUGUAGGAGUUGGGCAGUGUGAAUUUUGACAACCUCAAUUUUUGCCGGUCGGAAAUCACACCGUUUUUUGCCUACUUUUGGGAGAUUUUCCGGUUUUCAGUAUAUUUUUGGGGCUACCAUAAAUCCUGUCAUAUUUCCCCUACCCGACUUACAUUAAAUUUCUCCAUUUUUCCAGAUCUACACCGAUUGGGCGAAUCGACAUUUGGCAAAAUCGCAACAAAAAUCGUCGCCGCGGCCACAAAUUCGCGACAUUUCCAACGAUUUUCGCGACUAUCGCGUCGUCUCGCAACUUAUUAAUGUUAUAGGUGAGUCGAGCGCCGAAAAUUUGCGAUUUUUUGACAUCAAAUAUGGCUCAGCUGGUUAGAGAGAAAUUUAGCAAGCUAGAGUUGCCGAGUUCGAUCCCCCUAGUGAACAUUGCCCAAAAAAUUUGAUUUUUAUAAUUUUCUGGUCUGGAAUUUCACGGGGAAUCUGAAAAUCAUAAUCAUUUCCUUCAAAAAAAUGUUUUUUCUCCAUAUUCCAAGGAAUUUUUGAUUUUCAGCCUAUGACACGUGGAUUUUCAGAUUCCUCGUGAAAUUCUACCCCAGAAAACUAUUUCCCAAAAUAAAAAAAUAAUGUCGUAGGCGCCAGGAAUCGAACCCGCGAUUUUUUACCUAAUGGCUCAGCCGGUUAGAGAUCAAUUUAGCAAUCUAGAGGUGCCGAGUUCGAUCCCGCUAGUGAACAUUGCCCAAAAGUUUUUAUUUUAAUAAUUUUCUGGCCUGGAAUUUCACGAGGAAUCUGAAAAUCACAUUGAGAACUUUUUUUUUUCUCGAAAAAAGUUUAACAAAAAUGAUGACCAAUGGGCAAUUAUAUCGGCACUAUGAAUCUCGAAAUUUUAUGAGAUUUUUCUGUUUUUUUUUCGAGAGAAAGAGAGAAAUGUGAAAUUUUGAUGAAGAUUUAUUUUUUACGAUUCAUUUUUUCAGAAGCCCGAAAUUUUGAAUUUCUUAAAUUUUCACUAGCGGGAUCGAACCCGCCACCUCUAGAUUUCUAAAUUGACCUCUUACCAGCUGAGCCAUCAGGUGGCCGGUUCGAUUCCUGGUCCCACAGGCUUUUUGAAGACGUACACACACACUUCGCCCUCCUAUACUUGAAAGUAUAUUUUUGUAUAUUUUAUACAUAAAGUCUAUUUUUUUUACACGUUGAGUAUACUUUUUCAAAAAGUAUAAAAUACGUGUAAAAUUUUAUCAUCAAUAAAUUCAGUUUUUUGAUUCCAGACUGUUUGAUGAUAUCAAAAGGAGACAUUUGAUUAAUUUUCGCCUAAGGUUUUCACACUAUAAAGUGGAGAUUCGAAAGUUUUCGCAAAAGUAUACUUUAAGUGUAUUUUUCAGUAUACUUUCAAAAAAAGUAAAUUGGCCUAGAAAAUUUUUUUUAAUACAGACCACUGGAAAUCGCAUGAAUCGCGAAAAUAACAAAAAUCUCGUAAAAGCGAUAGGCCACGCCCAUUUUACACGUUAAACAUAGCACCUCGCCCAACCCGCGAGGUGUCCGUCACUCAAUUUAUAUAAGUAGUGGGCGCCACGAGGAGGAGGGUAAAUCAUAUUUUAUGAUUGAAACGCCAUUUUUGUGCACCAAACUUGGUUUUUCGCAAAUUUUGAACAACUUACAGUCGUGUAAAAGCUGUUUGAGCAAUUUACUAAAUUUACAAAAACUCCUAAAGAUGUUUCUCGAUUUUCCCAAAAAUUUACUUUUAUUUAUGCCAUAGCAUAUUUCAAAUGUACUUAUAGUAUAUCAGUGCGAAAAUCGCUGAUUUUAUUUUAAAUACACUUAAAGUAUAUCCUGGCGAAGUGUGUGUGUAUGCGCGAUGUGUGCGCGCGAAGGCGCCAGCUAAAAAUAAUGGGUUUGGUGCAAGCGCGCAUUUUGUCCAAUCUGGCAGGUUAAGCAACGUUGACUCGAGUUAGUGGUGAGUUCGGACCCAUCCAAAAAGUUGCUUUGUACAGUUUCAAGUCUGAUUGGGUAAAGUUUAGGGACUCUAGUGGAGAUGAUCUUCACAAUCAGAUGCCAAGAUGGUUCAUCCUGAACUCCAGUACGACCAUCGGAAGAUCGAGAGUCUGAAAUUUCCAUCAAAAACUCAAAGUUUUCGAAUUCUUCUCAAACUUUCAGAACAUUCUACUGAAGUCUUGUGGCAAUCAAAAUGAUCAAAAAUUUCGAUUUUUUGUAUUCCUGAUCUUCAGUAUGACCAUCAGAGAAGAUCAGGAUUCAGGGCGAAAUUCUGAUCAUUUUUGAAAAAUUAUGAAAAUUUCUGAAGUUUGUCUUGGGACACCUUGGACUUCAAGGCCAUCAAGAUCUGUGAUUUUAAAUCAUCUCGAUCUUCAGUAUGAUCAUCAGAAGAUCAGGAUUCAGGGCGAAAUUCUGAUCAUUUUUGAAAAAUUAUGAAAAUUUCUGAAGUUUGUCUUGGGACACCUUGGACUUCAAGGCCAUCAAGAUCUGUGAUUUUAAAUCAUCUCGAUCUUCAGUAUGAUCAUCAGAAGAUCAGAAAUCAUCAUCGAAAAUUAUCAAUUGUAUGUGAUGACGGUGAAAAUUUGAAUUCGUGGGUUCUUGACUAUGGGGAAUCAUAUGGUCAUUAUUUUGUUUUCAUAAAAAUUAUUCUUGAACGAACAUACCUACCAAAAACACUUGUUUCUUGAACACGGUGCUUUGUGAUUUUUUAUGAGAGAAAUGAUGUGGUUACGAUAAUUCGACUCAAAACUAAUUUUUUAUGGCACUACCCAUGAUAAAACUUUUUGUGAAUCGAGGUUUGUAGGAUAAGCGAUAUCAUGAAAACUGUAAAAUUUAAUUUUAAUGCGCGGCUUAAUGAUGCCUGAAAUCUGUUAAAGGGAAGAGGACAGUAAGAUCAAAAAUUUUAACUCUUGAAGACGUUUCGAGAAGAAAAUACCUGGUGGUUUCACUACUCUUCCUAACUCUGACUACUAACUACUAACUCUUCACUACUAACUCUGCGAUAAAUUUUUUUUGAAGUUUUCGCAGAUCUUAAAACCACUUGAUUGGAUUUUAUGAGAAAAUAGGGUUUCUGUAAUGCCUAUCGUAGUCAAGAACUUCAAAAGUCCAAUUUCGAUUAAAAAAAAAUGAUAUAUAGUUCGUUCAAGAAUAAUUUUUAUGAAAACAAAAUAAUGACCAUAUGAUUCCCCAUAGUCAAGAACCCACGAAUUCAAAUUUUCACCGUCAUCACAUACAAUUGAUAAUUUUCGAUGAUGAUUUCUGAUCUUCGGAUGGUCAUACUGAAGAUCGAGAUGAUUUAAAAUCACAGAUCUUGAUGGCCUUGAAGUCCAAGGUGUCCCAAGACAAACUUCAGAAAUUUUCAUAAUUUUUCAAAAAUGAUCAGAAUUUCGCCCUGAAUCCUGAUCUUCUGAUGAUCAUACUGAAGAUCGAGAUGAUUUAAAAUCACAGAUCUUGAUGGCCUUGAAGUCCAAGGUGUCCCAAGACAAACUUCAGAAAUUUUCAUAAUUUUUCAAAAAUGAUCAGAAUUUCGCCCUGAAUCCUGAUCUUCUCUGAUGGUCAUACUGAAGAUCAGGAAUACAAAAAAUCGAAAUUUUUGAUCAUUUUGAUUGCCACAAGACUUCAGUAGAAUGUUCUGAAAGUUUGAGAAGAAUUCGAAAACUUUGAGUUUUUGAUGGAAAUUUCAGACUCUCGAUCUUCCGAUGGUCGUACUGGAGUUCAGGAUGAACCAUCUUGGCAUCUGAUUGUGAAGAUCAUCUCCACUAGAGUCCCUAAACUUUACCCAAUCAGACUUGAAACUGUACAAAGCAACUUUUUGGAUGGGUCCGAACUCACCACUAACUCGAGUCAACGUUGCUUAACCUGCCAGAUUGGACAAAAUGCGCGCUUGCACCAAACCCAUUAUUUUUAGCUGGCGCCUUCGCGCGCACACAUCGCGCAUACGUCUUCAAAAAGCCUGUGCCGGGGUAGAAUUUCACGCAGAAUUCAAAAAUCCACUUAUUUUCCCGUUCCCAAAAAAAUCCGUAGUCAACUUCAAUUUUCUUCUCACUUUCCCCACUUUUCGAAAAAAUGGGAUUAGGCUCUUCAAUUCUUCUCAUUUUUCAAUUUCAAUUUAAAUCUCCUCCUGCCAAUUUCGCACUUUUUUCUACGAAAAUAUUUUUUGGCCGCCGAAAAAAGGGACCCCGAAAAUAAAAGGAUGUGUGUAAUUCAAUCCAAUUUUUCUUCUUUUUCCGAUUUUUCGACCGCCGCCGGGUCAAAUUAUUAAAUUUUAAAAGAAUUCUUCUCUAUCCCUUUUUUUAAACUCGGCUGUGUUCCUUUAAAGUUUUGCGGCUGGGGGAUUUUGGCGGCAAAAAAUAAAAUUUGAAUUUGAAAAAAAUACAUUUAAAUUUUUUCUCUAAUUCUCUCUCUCUCUCUCUCUUCCCAAUUUCUCCCAUGUUCCUUUAAACUUAGCCGAACUCAAAAUUGCAAUAAAAAUCAGGAAGCGCCCUAAUUGAAUAAUUUAUCAGAUUUCCUGGAUCUUUGAUCUACCGGCCUAGAAAUGCAUGCCGCAAAAUUGCAGAAAACUUUCCCCGAGCAUGUUUAGUGUCGAAAUGUUGAGAAAAGUGUGCCGCGAAAAGUGGGCGUGGCCUGAAAACCGCGCCGCAAAAUUUCCAAACACAUUUUUUGUGUCAAAAAGUGUAUAAACACAUUUAUUUUGUCGUCUCGUUAGUUAGUGUUGCUUCUUUUUUCUCUUUGUGUUCAGCGAAAAAAAGUGACAUUUUGAUAAAUGUCCGAUUUCAAUUAGUUGAGUUUGUGUUGCGUUUUGAACACACUUUUUUCUUUCCGAAAAAAAUUUUUUUGGCCUAAAAGAAGGUGGAAAAUUCAUUUUUUUGCUCUCACUUUACACUUUUUCAAAAAAAAAAACACAAAAUUUGUUUUGAUUUUGAUAAGAUUACACUAAAAUGAAUCAUUUUGUUGGUUUUUUUUUCGAAAAAUCCAAUUUUUGUUAACAUGAGCAAUGUUUUACAAUUUUUAAGUUUGAGCAAAUUUUUCUGUAACAUGAGCAAUGCCUGGAAAUUCAAUAAAAAGCGAUUUUCAAAACUCGAAAAAUAUACGUUUUAAGAUUUUCUGAUAAAAAAAUUGAGAAUUGAAAUUUUCGAUGAACAUCUGUGACCUCUUUUUUAUGUGAUUUUUUACGUUCGGAGCAAUUUUUGAGCUCCAAAUCUUGAAUUUUUGAGUUCUAAAUCGAAUUUUGGUUCAGGGAACUAUUGAAAAUUUGUGUGCCAGGAAAUUCUCUAAAAAAAUUUUCAGUUUUUUCCGGACCUAAUUUCUGACCACCUAGAAAAAAGUGCCAACUGCUGCUGCUCCGCGAUUUUUUUCGCUGUUAGUUUGUUCAGAAAAUUUAUUUAUCUCAUUUUGAGCUGCCGUUAGAUGAAAUUUGAUAAGAAGAGAUAUAUUGGAAGUAGUAGUAGUAAAAUUGACAUGGUCCCUCCCUCCCCCUGGAGAAAAAUGAACAGUUGUUCAUCCCUGGUUUCUAGUGAAAAAUCUGAGGGUUUUGGAGUUUAGAACAUUGCUCAUAUUAGAAUUUUCGAGAAUUUCUAGAAUUUCUAGGUGUUGCUCAUGUUAAAGAUUCUUUGAAAAUUCAGAGAUGCUCAUGUUAGGCUCUUUAGAAAUUAUUUUCUAGAAUUAAUUUUAAAAAAAAUUUUUAUGCUAAAAAUUGGAAAUUUUCAAGCAUUGCUCAUGUUAAACCUGAUUCUUAACUCGAAUUUUAAAAUUUCUCAAGCAUUGCUCAUAUGUGAAAUUACAGAGAAAAUUUUGAUUCGCAACUUUUCAGCUUAAAAUUAUUAGCCAAAAUUUCACCAUUGCUCAUUUUAAGCUCAAUUUUUUUAAAAAAAUUACUAGUUUUUGGAAAAUGUCUUCAUUGCUCAUGUUAAUCACAAUUUUUUUCUCUGAAAAUUCAUUUUCAAAAAUAUCCCAGCAUUGCUCAUAUUAACCCCCAAAAGCUUUAAAAUUCUCUAAAAAUUUCUGCAUUGCUCAUAUCAAAUUUUUUCAGUUCCCGCCAACGAUUUCACACCAAACUUCCAACAAAAAAUCGCCAAAACAACAUCAAACGUAAGUUUGUUCAUCAAAUUUCGAAAUAUUUGCUCUAUGACUCAUGUUAUACUACUAAAAAUUUUAAUUGAUUUUGAGUUUUUUUUAGCAGAAAACUACCUUAAAGGGGGGGUAAGACGACAAAAUUUUAUUUGCUCAAUGAAUCGGGCUCCCUUUGAAUAGUAAAAGCCCCAGGGGAUUUUUUCUCGAAAGGCCUAAAAAGGUCCGAAAAAAAUAUUCCAUGAACUUUUUUCAACGUAUAGCUAUACGUGGUACCUAGUUUAUGGAACAUUUUUUCUGGACGUUUCCAGAAAAAAUCCCUUGGAGGUUUUACUACUUUUGGGGAGCCUUUAACUUUGCGACAAAAAAAUUUUGUCGUCUUACCCCCCCUUUAAGUAAAUAUGAAAAUAGAAAAUUUUGAGAAAAUUUUAAAAUUUUUCCUCCGAAUUUUUAAUCCCGUUAUCUACAGUGAACCCAGCGAUGCAUGAAGAAAAAAAGUUUUUCGAAAUCGAAUUAAAAAUUUCAAUUUCUUUCAUAAAUACACACACAGUGUGUAAUAAUAGAUUAUAGGAAAACUGGAUUUUCAGCCGAAAAACUGUAAUUUUUGCAGCUCGAUGGUCUUGCCACGUGUCUGGAAUAUCUGAAAACUAUUGGAUUGGAUUGCGCAAAAUUGACCAAAACUGGUGGGUUUUUUUUGGGGGAAAAUUGGGAAAAUUUGCGAUUUUUUGACACCGAACAUGAAAAUCUGUCGUUUUCUCUGCGUCUCUAACCGGAAUGCUAUAUAUAAAUCUAGCUCUGGUUGUCUGAUUCUCUCAUUUUGUUUCUUGAAAACUCUGCGUCUCUGACUGAAAUAUGUACUCUCUAACCUAUCUGGUUUCUCUGCGUCUCUAUCUCUCUCUAGCUUCUCUAACUGUCUAAGCCUCCUAAAGAUAUGUACUCUCUAACCUCUCUGGUUUCUCUGCGUCUCUCUCUCUAGCUUCUUUAACUGUCUAAUUCUCUUAAAGAUAUGUACUCUCUAAUCUCUCUGGUUUCUCUGUUAUCUCUAGCUGUCUAGUUGCUCUGCGUCUCUUUCAUAACUCUCCAACCUAUCUGGUUUCUCUGCGUCUCUGCAAUACCUGUACUCUCUAACCCUCUGGUUUCUCUGUGAUGUCUAGCUGUCUAGUUGCUCUGUGAUCUCUGACCUCUCCAGAAUCUGUACUCUCUAACCUCUCUGGUUUCUCUGUGAUCUCUAACUUCUCUGGUUUCUCUGCGUCUCUGCUAGAAAAAUAUUUGUUGGCGCCAGAACUGCAUUUUCAAAUUUCGAAUAAAAACAUCUGUAUGGUUUUUUGUGCACUUCUCUAACUGUCUGCGUCUCUCUCGUCUCUCUCACUGUAUAUUUCCAUAUAUUUUUUCGAUAACUUUCUAAGCUCCGCCCCUUUUUCUCUCCCACACAAACAUUUCUUGUCAUAUUUUUUAUACAUCAAGAUGUAUAGAUGUGUAUGUAGCCAACACUCAAAAAAAUUUGCCCAUCAUUUUUUUUUUCUUGCUGCUCCCCCUAAAAAAAUCGACAUUUCCGGGCCGGAAUUCCCCCAGGGAACCCCCUAAAAACUAGAGGUCGUCCUCCUCAAAAAUUUUGUUUUUUCCCGUUUUUUUGCUAUUCGACACCCAGAUUUUUGGAUUCAGCGUGAAAUUUUGAGCCCCCACCCUUUUUAAACGAAAAUUUUCGCGCGCGGUGGGGCUCGAACCCGCCGACUCACGCUUGGAGAUUUUACGACGCGCAAAACCAAAGUUCGAGCCCCAAUGCCCGCCGUUUUUUUUGAAAAUGUAAAUUUUUGUGUUCAAAACUUGUUCAAACAAAAAAUUUCAUGGCUGAUUGAUUUUUAUGUGAUUUUUUUCCAGAAAAAUCUCUAUAGAUUUUCUAAAAAAAAUAUUUUUGUGAGAAAAUUUGAGAUGAGUCAUAAAAGAAAUUAUCAUAUUCUUUUCCGUUUUUCGGGCCGAAAAAUUUUUUUUUGCGAAAAAAAAUCGUUUUUGAUGAUGAACACCUGCUUUUGGCUUUGGUUGAGAGAUUUUGAUUGAUCAGAUUUUUUUUGAAAAUUUUUUUGAAAUGAAAAAAGUGGGGCGAAUUUUUUGUGGCAAAAUAAUUAUGACACGUGGAUUUUUUUGAUCUACAUGAACUUUUCUGAAUUUUUUUUUGAAUUUUCCCGCCAAAACUUUUCGUCACCUGACCCAAAAAACCCGACUUCUUCUCUUUUCCAAAACUAACCAAUUAUGUGUGUAUGAUUCACUUAAAAGAUGUUUAUCUUGCCCAAAAUUUGUCCCGUUUCUAGAUCGAAAUCGUAAAAAAUUCGGUUUUUCUCAAGGUUGUUUCAUUUAUAGUUUACCGCAAGUUUUUUUGCGAAAAGUUUUGAAAUUGAAAACAGCGCCGAGCGGGACUCGAACCUCUGACCUUUUUCUUGGAAAUUUUUGGGCUCUGAAACCAGAAUUUUUCAGUUUUCCGUGAAAAUUUGGCUCAGGAACGUUUUUAAACGAGAUUUUGAUCAGAUUUUGAUGUUAGAACUUAUUUCAUACCACUUUUCUCAAAUUUCAGCUCAUUUUUGAGCACAGAAACCUGAAUUUUUGAAUUUUUCACAAAAAUUUCACCUGGACACUUUUUUUUUGAAAAAAAAAUUGUUGAACUUUUUUUUUGGAGUUUAAAAUUCAAAAUUCAAACUUGAGAGCCAACUUUUCAAAAUCCUCUCAAAAUUCUGAGCUUGAAUAUUUUUUUUCGCAAAAAAAAUUUAAAAAAAACAUGCGCCGAGUGUGACUCGAACCCUUGACCCUUUCUCCUCAAAAUUUUAGCACGCGCGAGACCAAAGUUCGAGCCUCACUGCCUGCAGGAUUUUUAUUCGAAUUCAAAAAACUUUCGGAUUAGCUUUUCGUUUUCUACAUAUUUCCAACUAAAAAAAAGUUUGUUUGUUUUUAAUUAUACCAGUUUUUUAUGGUUGGCUUGAAAAGUUUUAUAUUCGUUUUCCUCUUUUUCUCCCAGAAAAAUUCCAGAAAUUUUGGAUAAAAAAGCGCUUAGCGGGACUUGAACCCUUGACCCUUUUCAUCGGAAUUUUUCAAAAUUCCUGGUCCCAGCCCGAAAUUAUUGACACCUCUUAUCAUACAGUAACCUUGAACCACCCAAAACCACUCAAUUAUUAUUUUUAUCUGAUUUUUUUUUUGGUUUCCCAGGAGAUGUUAUAAUAACUUUUAUAUAAUAAUUAUCUUUUCUUUUUUUUUUGAAAAUACAAUUUUUUUUUGGCGCCCAAAAAAUUUAUUCAACAUUUUUUUUGCUCGGCUUGAUUUAUGGGUUUUAUUGGGUGCUUUGCUGAAGAAAUGGGAGCAUCGAAAUUUCAUUUUUUUUUCUCGCGCGCGCUUUUUUUAUUGGGGAAUUUUGGCGCCAAAGAAAUGAGGGAUUGCUCAUGUUAGACUUUGAGAUUGAGAAAAUUAUAAUAUUGUUCAUAUUAAAAAUUUCCUGAAUUUUCAAGAAAAACAAUGAUUGCUCAUGUUAAAGUUUCCAAAAUUUCUGAUUUUUGGUGAAUUUUUGGUCAUUGAUCAUAUUAUACUUUUCUGAAAAUUGAAACAUUGCUCAUAUUAGCAAUUUUCUGAAUUUUGUGAAAAUAAAAUUAUUGCGCAUGUUAAAGUUUACUAAAUUCCUGAUUUUUGUUAAAUUUUUGGACAUUGCUCAUAUUAUAAUGUUCUCAAAAUUAAAAAUUGCUCAUAUUAAAAAUUUCCUGAAUUUUUGAAAGUUAGCAAUGAUUGCUCAUGUUAAAGUUUCCAAAAUUCCAAUUCUUGUUGACUUUUAAAGCAUUGCUCAUAUUAUAAUUUUUUUCAAAAUUGAAACAUUGCUCAUAUUAGAAAUUUCCUGAAUUUUGAGAAGAGAAAGUAAUUGCUCAUGUUAAAAUUUUCUGAAAUUUCGAUUUUUGUUGAAUUUUUGGACAUUGCUCAUGUUAGAAUUUUCCUGAAUUUUGAGAAGAGAAAGUAAUUGCUCAUGUUAAAGUUCCCUGAAUUUUUGGAAAUUAAUAAUGAUAGCUCAUGUUAAAGUUUCCAAAAUUUCUGAUUUUUUGUUGAAUUUUCGGACGUUGCUCAUAUUAUACCUAAUGAUUUUUCAAUUUUUACUCAUAGCUUCAAGUUUCAAUUUUCAAAAUUUAGCUGAAAAUUUGGGAUAAUUCAAUUUUCUCUUAGCAUUGCUCAUAUUAUACCCCAAGAAUCUCCCGUUUCUCAGCAACUUUUUCCUUCUUCUUUUUUGGCGCCCCAAAAAAACAUACAUACAAACUAUACGAUAUAAAUUAUGUAUACAUGAAUAUGUAUAAAAUGAAAUAAAACUUUUUUUUAUGUUCAGCCGCAUUUUUUUGUAUGUCAUCAAUUUUUUUCGUUGUUAUUUGUUAUAUAACUGUACUACUAUUGUGGGAAAAUUACAAUUUUCAGAAUUUUUUGGCUGAAAAUAUUGAUUUUCUCUUGAAAUUUUGAAUAAUUUUCCAGCAGAUUCUAUAAAUUUUGCUGAAAAUCUGGAAAUUUUCAUUUUCAGACAUCGAUAGUGGUAAUCUUGGUGCAGUUCUACAACUUUUGUACAUUUUAUCGACACACAAACAAAAAUUGCGACAAAUCAAAAAGGAUUUGAAGUUGAGCGCAAUGCCACCGGCGGUUACAAAGUGAGUUUUAAAAAACACUUUUUUUUGGAUUCUGGGGCUCAAAAUUUCCAUUCGAGACCUGGAUUUUCGGAAUCCGCGUGAAAUUUUAAGCGGGAAACUUUUUUUUUCAAAAAAAAAUGAGUCCGGCGUGGCUCGAACCCGCGACCUUUCUCUCCGCAAUUUUCCCACGCGCAAGACCAAAGUUCGAGCCCCGCUGCCUGCGCAAACUUUUUUUGUUUUUUUCUAGACCAAAAUUCCACGAAGAUUUCAAAUUUUUGGGUCUCGCAGCGAAAUUUCGAUCAAAAAAAUGAUUUUUUUUCAUGAAAAAAUGAUGUUGACCAAAUAAAUAUUUGCAAAUCAUAAAAAAAUGGGAGUUUUUCUCAAGUGGUCGCGUUCUUUUUUGUGUACCAAGAAGUUUUUUUUUGGCGCGUGUGAAUGAAUGAAUUGCGAGAAAAAUGACUGGUUUUUUGACGGAGCUAUUGAUUUUUGGAGCUCCAAAACCUGAAUUUUUCAAUUUUCCGUAAAAAUUUGGCUCAGGAACGUUUUUUGACAGAGAAAAAUGGUCCCAAAGGGAUUUGGAUUAUUUUUUGAGCUCUGGGCUCAUUUUAGACGAUUUUUGAACCCACAAACCUGAAUUUUUGAACUUUUCACGAAAAUUUGACCCGGAGACUUAUUUUUGAAAAAAAAACGUUGUUGAACUAUUUUUGUUAGAAUUUUCAGCAAAAUCUUAUUUUUCCCAUCUUCAAAUGCAAAAUUCCGACUUGAGACCCAAAUUUUUGAAAUCCUCUCGAAAUUCUGAGCAAGAAAUUUUUUUCUCAUGCAAAAAAUAAAAAAAACGUGCGCCCGGCGUGGCUCGAACCCCUGACCUUUUUCUCCGCGCGAGGAGCUCAGGUUCGAACCCCACUGCCCGCGCAAUUUUUUUUUCUAGAUCAAAAUUUCACGGCGAGCUUGAUUUUGUAGGUCCCGACACGAAAAAAUUUGAAUUUUCCAGACUUCCCUCGCCAAAAUCGCGAAUAGCUCAACCGCCAACCACAACAAGUAAAGAAAAUUUGAAUUCGAAUUUUCUGGCGCCACAAAUGUCGACGUCACGUCUGCAAACACCGUCACGGAUAUCGAGACCAGGUACAGUAAUUUUUUGGCGGGAAAAACUUUUUUUGACCUACCAGAUAGGAGAAAAUUUGUUUUUAAUUUGUCUCGCGAGUUUUUCCCGCGCGCACAAAUUAAAAUUAAUUAAUUUUGCGCGCGCCGGAAAAUUGGAAAAUUGAAGGAAAAGACGGAUGAGCGGGGUAGUAAAAGUAGUAAUUAGUUUGCUCUCUCCACUCUAUUUCUGGACACCAAUUGACUUUUUUCACUUUUUUGUGGAAAAAAUUUGAAUUUCUUCCCAUUUCCCGUUUUUUUCCUGCGUUAAAAAUAGUUUUUUCGUGAUCUACGCAAAAUUUUAGGCGGGAAACUUUUUUUCAAAAAAUAAAAAUAAUACGCUCCCAUCGGGGCUCGAACCCGCGACCUGUUUCUCCGUAAUUUUACUGAGCGCUAGACCAAAGUUCGAGCCCCCCCUGCCUGCGCAAUUUUUUUGUCUACACCAAAUUUUCACGAGGAUUCCAAAUUUUUUGGGUCUCGCAGCGAAAUUUUGAUAAAAAAAAUUAUUUUUUUUGAAUUUUUCGCUGCGAAAAAUUGAUUAAAAAUCUCAAACAAAAAGACGAUUUUUCAUCUCAUCUCAGAAAAAAAUCUGGAAAAAAAUAGUAUUAUUUUUUAUGUGUCUGGUCACUCGUAAAUAACAACUUUCUUUAUUUUUCUUUCGAAGAAAAAAAACAAAAAAAAAAAAAGAUUUUCAGAUUUUUUUUCAAGAAAAAAAAUAUAUAGUUUGGUUUUGUCUUUAUUUUUUUUUAGUUUUUGAAAAAUAAUUCAAUUUCAAAAUUUUCAAAACUUUUCGUGGAUCAAAAAGUUCAGAAUCCACGUGGAAACAUUUUGAGCGCGUAUUUUUAUUUCAGAAAAUCUCACAUUUUCAAGAUUUUCCUGAAUUUUUCUCGAUUUUCCCCCACCAAAAUCCCUGAAUUUUCAGCCACCACAAGCUCCUCGAAGCUCACACCAACCUCCACGGCCUCAAGUUCCACCCAGUCUCUCACCAAAUCCGGAAUCCGACCGCCAUCCUCAUCUGCCACGUCAUCAACUUCGAGUCGCGCGAGUGGAAACAACAAUAGCACCUCCUCGCGAAUCGCCACGUCACAAUUGCAAAAGCCACAACACACUUCGUCAAGAAUCCGAGUGGCGACAAAUUCGCCGGCGAGUCGCGUCGCAGCUGCGACACCCAGCGAGAAAAUUGCGACUGUGAAAUCGCUAGCGGCUAGGAAACCGGAGAAAAUUGAGCCGAGUUCGGCGAACUCGGCGAGCAUGCUGAAAUUGAAGCUGUUCAACACAGCUCCAAAAGACAGUGCGCCGAUUAUUGCUAAGCCGAAAGAGAAGCCGAACACACCGAUUCGAAAUAGUGGAUUGAAGCCGCCGACGUCGAAGCUGGCAAAGGUGAGUGGGGGAAUUUUGAAAGUGAAAAUUUUGAGGGGAUCGUUUUGAGACCCCAUAUGACCUAGUGACCUAUGAACUUCAAAAUUUGUAUGGCUUGACAUGAGCAAUUGUCGAAAUAUUUUUAAUAUGAGCAAUGCCAACGCUAUUUUUAUAGUUAUUAGCAAUUUUUCCAAAAUCACAGGGAAAUUUUUAAAAUGAACUUCAAAAUUUUUCAUUGUUUAAAUUGAGCAAUUUGGUUCUAAUAUGAGCAAUGCUCCGAAUUUUUUAGCUUGAAAAUUUAGAAAUUGAAAAAAAAUUACACGAAUUUUGUGAACACCAACAUCUUGGAAUUUUUUUUCAAAAUUUUAAUAUUUGAAAAUUAUUCCACGUGGCACAAAAAUUGUAUACUUUUUUUCCUUUGUCCCAAAAUCCUCUACUACUUUUUCCUAUUUUUAUUUUUAUUUUCUGUUUUUGUUCCAAAACCCUAUUCAUUACAAAUGAUUAGGCCCAUGGGAACACAGAAAAACGAGAAAAAGUUGUCCCAAAAAUAAAAGCGAGAAAAAAAAUUCGCUUUUUCAUUUUUACUACUUUUUUUUGGAGUUCUCAGCAUUUCUCAUAUUAGAGAUUUUCUGGAUUUUUUUGGAGCUUACAGUAAUAUUUUAAAUUUAAAAAUAGGAAAUUUGGGAAGUUCAUUGCUCAUGUUAGUCAUUUUCCAAAUUAUUUUCAAGGAAAUACUAGUAUUGCUCAUGUUAAAAAAUUUUUAGAAUUUUUUUUUGAGAAUUUCAAAACUUUGGAGCAUUGCUCAUAUUAUUUCUAAUCGAAAUUUUCUCAACUCAAAAAUAAAAUGUUGCCAAAAUAAAAUUCCGGAAAUGUUUUUCUUCUUCUCAUUUUGCGCCUCUUUCUGACCAGAUGUGUUGUUUUUUUUCUUCUGAGCUCAUCUAAUUUUUCGCCAUUGAAAAAUGUGUCGGAAAUUGCACAUUUUCGAGCAGAAAUUUGCGUUUUCCUCGAGUUUUUGAGGUUUUUCCCCCAAAAAUUCCGAAUUUUGCAGCCAACCCCAACCUCAAAAAUCACCUAUCGAAAAGAGCACAAACCUGAGCCCGAAAAGCGAUGCUCCAAAUCGAGUGAAGAAGACGAAUCGGGUUACGUUGGUUUUUCGACACAAAGUUCCGGAUCAUCGCCAGCUUCGACGUCGUCGACUGAAGGAAGUCUAAGUAUGCAUUCGGCUUCGUCAAAGGUUGGUUUUGCGAGGGGAUUUGGAGCAUUUUGAGCCGAAAUUUGAGAAUUUCUGAAUUUUUUUGGCUAGAAAGUGUCUAGAUCUGGAAAUUUAGAUGUUUGAAAUUUGAAAAAAAAGUAUUGCUCAUAUUAGUCGCAUUCAAAGCAUUGCUCAUGUUAACCACAAUCUUCACAAUAGCCUAAAAAUUUCACCUUCUUCCAUGUCCCUUUAAAAUUUUCCACAAAUUUUUUUUUCAAAUUUUUUGCCUUGAAAAUCUGACAAUUUUGAGCCGAAAUUUGAGAAUUUCUGAAUAUUUUAGGCUAGAAAAAUUGCUCAUGUUAAUAAAAAACAAAUUUAUAGGAUUGCUCAUAUUAAAGAAAAUUCUGAAAUUCAAUUUCAGCUAAAAAUUUUGUAAAUUAAAACAUUGCUCAUGUUAAUCGAAUUUUGUAAAUAGCUUGUUAAAGCCUAUGUCCCUUUAAAUUUUUCUCACAAUUUAUUUUUUUUCAAAUUUUUUCCCAAGUAUUUUAAUGACCUUACUCUCAAAGUAUACAAAUACGAAAUUUUUUCUCACAAUUUAUUUUUUUUAUUUUUCAAUAGUGGCAGGUGUUUGGCUACAGUAAUCCCAGCCUAUUGAAAUUCUUCUUGGGUGGUCUGAAAAAAAAUUUAAUGAGCAAAAAAUUGCAUUCAAAAAUUAUUUUUUGAGUUUACUUUAAUCUGAGCAAUGCUAUUCAUUUUUUAAAUUUUUUAUUAACAUGAGCAAUAUAUAUUUUUUUCGAACAUCUAUUAUGUUUUCUAAUAUGAGCAAUGCUUUAAAUUAAAAUUCACAGUUUUCUUAAUAUGAGCAAUCUUCAUAUCCAGCUCAAAAAUUCAGAAAAAUUUAAAUUUUUCGAAUCUAGGCUCAAAAUUUUCAGAUUUUUUUGAAUCUAGGCUCAAAAUUUUCAGACUUUCAAGAUUUUCAGCCUAAAAACCCCCAAAACCUUGAAAUUUUCCAGAGUUCCACCUCCUCUUCACAUUCUCCAUCAUCCGACGAUUUGACACUCAACGCCUCCAUCAUAACUACAGUAACCCAAACUGCAAAACCGCAAAUCGCAUUAGCACCGGAACCCAAACCGGUGUUGGCUGUGAUCGGAAUUCCGAAUCCGGAAAAAGAGAAACCGGCGAUUGGUGUCGUUUCACCAAUGAUGACACAUCGAAAAUUGGUGAAAAAUGGUGGGUUUUGUGGGGUUUUGGUGGGGAAAUUUGAGGAAUUCUGGAAAUUUUGACCCGGGAAAGUUGUUUUGGGGGUUUCUAGGCCAUCUAGACCAUUUCUAGGCUAUUUUUUGGAUUUCUAGGCUAUUUUUGGAUUUCUAGGCCAUGGCUAUUUUCCGGUUUCUAGGCCAUCUACAUCAUUUCUAGGCCAUCUAGAACAUUUUUAGGCUAUUUUUUGGGUUUCUAGGUCAUCUAGACUAUUUCUGUGCUAUUUUUUGGGUUUCUAGGCCAUCUAAACCAUUUCCAGGCUAUAUUUUGGAUUUCUAGGCCACCUAGACCAUUUUUAGGGUUUUUUUUGGAUUUCUAGGCCAUCUAAAUUAUUUCCAGUCCAAUUUUUGAAUUUCUAGGCCAUCUAGACCAUUUCUAGGCCAUUUCUUGGAUUUCUAGGUCAUCUAGACCAUUUCUAGGCUAUUUUUUUUGGAUUUCUAGGCCAUUUUGUCGGUUUUCUAGGCCAUUUUCAGGCUUACAGACAUUUUUUCCAGAAUCCUCUCCAGACAUUUCUGAAAAAUCGGAGCCCGUUCCAAAAAUGGCUCCAAUUCGCCAGCCGCCAACCUACGAGCAACUUUUGGAGCAGGGAAAAAUCCAAUCACCCACCAAAUCCACUUGUGGUAGGUUACUGUAGCUUUUUUUCUGGGCGCCAAAAAAUCUGAAUUCAAAUUUUCCUGCAGCUUCCCCGAUUUUCGGCGAGCCAUCCACGUCAAAAUCCGAAAUUCCAACAAGUCCGUCGCGGAUUUUGAGCCCAACUCCGAAAAAAGGAGAGCAGCGAGAGAGUGUGCUGUCGUUGGAGAGACGAGAGAAAAAGAAGAGCUCGGGUGAGUAGAUUUUGGGGUACUGUAGUUCUGAAGAUACUGUUGAUCAAAUUUUGUUCCCACAAAAUUUUUGAACUACUUUCCCAGGGGUUACUGUAGGAUUUGAGUAUCAAAUAUUUUUCCAUGUUCCUUUGAUAUUUUUCCAAAUUCAAAAAAUCUAGAUUACUGUAGGUAGAUCGAAAAUUAUCCCUUUCAGGAUUACUGUAGUGCCCAAUUUUUUUUUGCAAAUGACCUUGUUCCUCCUUCUAAUCAGUGUUCAUUGAAUUUUUUUUUCUUUUUUUUCGAAAAAAAAUUUUUUGAAUGGGGCAGAUGUCCAAUUAUUUUGUGAAGACAUUCCUAUUCACAAUUUUUUUUGUUCUGAGAGAAAAAAACUACAGUAAUCUUUGCCUAUUGAAAAUCCACGUGGGUGGUCCGCAAAAUGUGUUCUUAGUUAGUUCUUUUGAAAAAAAAUUCAUUCAAAAAUUUUUCUCUUUGAAAAUUUUAGUAGAUAAUUUUUUUCAUGGAUAAAUCUAGGAUUACUGUAGCUCGGGAAUUACUUGGAGUACUGUAGUUCUAGAAAUUAGGUUACUGUGUGGAUAAAGAAUUAGCUUAUCCUAAAACUAUGGAGGGAUUACGGUAGAUUUGAAUUUUUGAGAUACUGUAAUUUACGUUCAGAAAAAUUACUGUAGAUGGAAAAUCUCCUGGAUUACUGUAGUUUGAAAAAAUAUAUUGGAUUACUGUAGUUUUUAGCGCGAAAUUCAAAUAUUGUAGGACCACGUUUUUUUUUUCAUUUUUGAUCCAGAAUAAUCUAGGAGUACUGUAUAUUUUCUAUAAUUUCUGGCGCCAAAUUUCGACCUACAGUAUUCAUUUUCCACUCAAGACCCAUGCAUUUUUCCCUCUCAAAAAAAUUAUUAAUAUGAGCAAUGCACAUAUUAAUAAUAAGUGCGGAUUUCCUGAUUUGCAUAAAAACUACUUGCUAAUAAAUCUCAAUUUUCAUAUAUAUUUUCUCAUUUUUUCCCUUUUUUUCUUCUGCGCACUUUAUUUUUUUUCAUUUUCUAAAUUUUUGAAAAAUAUUACGAAAUUCUACACCCAGAGGUGUAAAAUUUCCACCAAAAAAUUUUUUUUUUGCUUCAGAAUCCAGUGGCUACAAUUCUUCGGAAGGCGGAAUUGCAAUGUUUGCGAAAAUGCGUGAAAAAAUGAAGGAGUACGAUGAUAUGACGAAGAAAGCGCAACAAGGAUAUCCAGAGAGGUACGGUUGAUUUUUGGCGGGAAAUUUUUAAGAAUUUUGUCAUGAAAUUGUGAAAUUCGGAUUCCUCGUGGAAUUUUGAGCCGGAAAAGUUGUAUGGUCAAAGUUUUUGAGAAAUGUUGACUAGCGGGAUCGAUCCCGUGACCUCUAGAUUGGUAGAAAAGUGGCUCAGCAGAUUAGAGGGUUAUCUACCAAUCUAGAGGUCCUGGAUCGAUCCCGCUAGUGAAUGUUUGUUUUUUCUGGCUUCUGAAUCUGAAUUUGAAUUUCUGCAAAAAACCCGGAUUUCAAGGUCUCACGGCGAUUUUUUCUAGAAAAUUCAAUGAUGACCGUGAUCUACGCAAAAUUCUGACCCAGAAAACAUUUAUUUACAAAAAAAUGUUCACUAGCGAGAUCGAACCCGCCACCUCUCACUCCGCAGCCAACUGUCUAACCUGUUGAGCCAUUCUCAAUCUUCAGGGCGCGGGUUCGAUCCCGCUAGUGAACAUUGCUUUUUAUUUUUUUGAUGAGAUAUGUUUUCCUGGCCAGAAUUUUGCGGGGAAUCUGAAUUUUUGAGUCUCGCAGCGAUUUUUGAAGAAAAUCUUGAGUUUCUCGAGAAAAAUUAGCGAUUCUUUUGUUUUCAAUGAAAAUGAAAUGGUGGGAAAUUAAUUGAAAGGGGGUGAUUCAUAAAAUAUUCAUGUCCCGGAAGACUUUUGGGUCCACUAGAGAAGAUACUAUCUUCUUCUUUUUUGUCUUGGCUUCGCCUAAAAACAAAUGAGCAAGAGGAAGAAGGGGAUGACUUAUGAAUGAGGCGGACCCCCCCCUACCCAAUUUGCAUUCUGGUUGACGAGUUGCGCGAACUCCUCUCUCUCUCAAUUUUUUUCUUGUGAGCAUCUGGUUGGCCUUUUUGCUUCCCUCAUAUUAUUAUAAACUUUUUUUUUGGAAGGCAGGAAUUAAUUAGGUUAGAAAUUAUUGGCCACAUGUUAUUUAUUCAUUUUUUCUCCCCAAGACUUGGAAAUUUGUGAUCUACGCGAAAUUCUGAUCUAGAAAACUUUUAUAAUCGAAAAAAAAUAUUUUGCUCCCGCUGGGAGUCGAACUCGGGUCUCGAGACUCUGAAAUUUGAAAUCCUCACAAAAUUCUGACCUGGAAAACAUAAAAAAUAAAAAAAUGUUCACUAGCGGGAUUGAACCUGGCACCUCUAGAUUGCUAGACAAGCCUCUAACCUAUUGAGCCAUUUUUCUAUCAAGAAAAAGGUCGCGGGAUCGAUCCCGCUACUCAAAAUUUCACAAAUUUUUUGUUAAAACAUGUUUUCUAGUUGCAAAUUUUGUGUAGAUCACGAAUUUUUCGGUUUCGCCAUCAGAAAAUUGUGUUUUUCACAACAAAAAUAGAGGAAAUGCAGUUCCUUUUUCUAUUUUUCUUGCUUGUUCAACAAAAAACUACGAUUUGUUCAUUUUUUCGAGCAAAAUCAGUUUUUUCGCUAAAAAAUGAGAAAUUGGCCAAAUCUAUGAUCGAAUUAGUCAAAAAUGUAUAUUUUUCUUUUGUUUUUACUCCCUCCCUUUUUCAUUUCCUAUUAUUAUUAUUAUUGUUCCUUUUUAUAUGUAGACAUAUACAUAAGUGGCUCCUUGAAAAGCGAAUAUUUUUGAAAAAUGCCGCCCUCCCCUCUCCAAACCUACUACUUUUUAUGGGAAAUUUGCAUAUUUUUCGCGUGUUUUCACCUUUUUAUAGUCAAAAAUCUGGAUUUUCUCAAUUUUUACUUCAAAAAAUCGCUACAAGACCCGAAAAUUCGAAUCUCUAUGAAAUUCUGACCCGGAAAACAUAUAUUUUCAAAAAUUUCGAGAAAUUUUGAGUAAUGGGAUUGAACCCGCGAUCUCUAGAUUGCUAGAAAAAUGGCUCAUCAGGUUAGAGGUUUGUCUAGCGAUCUAGACGUCCCGGGAUCGAUCCCGCUACCGGAAAAGUUUUUUGUUUUUUUUUUUCAAAAAGUUUUCUAGGCUAAAAUUUCGCGUAGAUCACGAAUCCCCCGCUCAAAAUUACUUUUCUCUGCAAAAAGAAUUCAAAAUUUCGUUGGCUUUUCAAAAAAAGUUGUAGAAUAUUCUAUUGUUGCUCAUCAUAAUUGCACUUUACUGAAUUUUUGAAACAAAUUUUUGCGUAGCUUUUCAUUCACAAGCCUAAGCCUAAAUAAUUAUGUCGUUUCUGAGUAGAAUUUUGCAAAAGUGAGUUUUUUUCCGGAAAAAAAUAUCAAAAUCCCAGAUUUUCUCGAUUUUUUUGCCACGAAACACAUUUUUUGCCCACUGGCUCUGUGGGUGGUGCAAAAACAGAUGUUUCGGAAUAUUGUUUUCAAAAAUUUCCCAGUGAAGAUGCGAUUUUCGAAUCCCGAGACUCAGAUUUUCGAAUUCUCCGUGAAAUUUUGUACCGGAAAACUUUUAUAUCCAAAGAUUGUUCACUAGCGGGAUCGAACCCGUGACCUCUCACCUCGCAGGCUAACCUCUAACCAGUUGAGCCAUUUUUCUAGCAGGUAAAAGGUCGUGGGAUCGAUCCCGGUAGUGAACAUUGCUUUUUAAUUUUUGAUAAGAUAUGUUUUCCCAGCUAGAAUUUUAUGGAGAAUUCGAAUUUUCGGGUCUCGCAGCGAUUUUCGAAAAUUUAAACCCGAAAUUCAUGAUCUACGUAAAUUUCUAACCCAGAAAACAUAUAAAGUUCACUAGCGGGAUCGAACCCGCCACCUCUCACUCCGCAGCCAACUGUCUAACCUGCUGAGCCAUUCUCAGUCUCUAGAGCUUAACUUCGUGGGUUCGAUCCCGGUAGUGAGCAUUGCUUUUUAUUUUUUUUUGAUAAGAUAUGUUUUCCCAGCUAGAAUUUCAUGGAGAAUUCGAAUUUCUGGGUCUCACGGCGAAAAAGUCAACCAGGUGUAAAUAAAUAAUAAUUAUUAUUAUUAGGUGUCUUAUUUACCGCCUCAUUUUUUCCGGUUCCUUCCCUCCCAUUUUCGGCUGAGCUCAAAAAAGGAGAAAGUUGCGCCAUCUGCCCAGAAGAAAAUAAAUACGCCCAUAAAAAGAAAAUGGGAGGCGAAUAUAAAAUAAAAAGGCGAUUAUAAUUUGUCAGUUUUGCUUUCUGCUGCUUUCCCGCCAGCCCGAAAAUUUUAAUCCCCCGCCAAAUUUCGAAAUUCUCAUUUUUGCAGUUUCGAAGACUCGUCCUCUUUGUCCUCCGGAAUUUCAGACAAUAUCGAAUACGACGACGUUUCCACCGACGAUUUAUCUGGAGUGUAAGUGAUUUGGGACCCGCAAAUUCGGAUUCCUCGUAAAAUUCUGACCCGGAAAGUUGGUUUACUCAAAAAAAUUGAGAAAUGUUGACUAGCGGGAUCGAUCUCGCGACCUUUAGAUUGCUAUGGCUCAGCAGGGUAAAGUCUUGUCUAGCAAUCAAGAGGUGGUGGGUUCGAGCCCGCUGGUGGAAUAUUUUUUUUAUUUUUUGAAAAACUAGUGUUCCAGGGUCAGAAUUUCACGUAGAUCACGAAUUCUUAUUUAUUUUCCUUGAGAAAAAAUUCUGGGACCUGGAAAUUUGGAUUCCUCGACCCGGGAAACAUGAAAAACGUAAUUUUCACAACCGGGAUCGAUCUCGCGACCUUUUGAGUGCUAAAAAAUGGCUCAGCAGGUUAGAGGUUCAUCUAGCAAUCUAGAGGCCCUGGAUCGAUCCCGGCACCAGAAAUAACUUUUUGUUUUCGAGUUUUUGUUAUUGCAAACACCAAUUUUGGCGCAAAAAGUGUCGAAUUUCCAUUUUUCGCGCACCAAGUCAGCUGCCACCCCAAUUUUUUCCCAUUUCAUGUCAUUUUACACCCUAAAACACACCAAUUCAUCUAAAUCUUGAGAGUAAUUGCAUUUCCUGGACUCUUUUUCCCCUCUGGAGAGGAAAGAGCAGGAAAAAAAAAUUAUAAAUUAGUUUUUUUUCUGAUGGGUGACGAAUUGGUUGGGUUUGGGUGACAUGAAAUUGAGAGGAGACAGAGUUUUAUUGGUUUUUUUUUUCUGGGAGCUUUUUUCGAGGUGAACUUGCGAAAUAUUUCUGUCCCCCCCCUAGGAAUUUUUAGUUGGAAUUGUGAAAUUCGAAUUCCUCGUGAAAUUUUGACCCGGAAAAUGUGUUUUUCUAAAAUAAUUGCGCAAUUUUCACUAACGGGAUUGAUCCCGCGACCUUUAGAUUGCUAGAAAUAUGGCUCAGGAGGUUAGAGGCCUACUUGCUGCUUGGAAAGUCGCGGGUUCGAUCCCGCAACAAUUUUUCUUGAUUUUUAUUUUUUUAUAUAUUAUGUUUCCGGGUCAGAAUUUUACGGGGAUUAUGAAUUUUCCAUUUAUUAUCCACUGAAAAUGUCACGAGACCUAGAAAUUUGAGUUCCUCGGAAAAUUCUGACUAGGAAAAUGUGUUUUUCUUCAAAAAUUGAGCAUUGUUUAGAAUUUUGGCGCAGCAGGUUAGAGGCCUAUCUAGCAGUCAAGAGGUCGAAAGUUCAAUCCCGCCACAAAUUUUUCUUGAUUUUUAUUUUUUAUAUAUUAUGUUUCCGGGUCAGAAUUUUACGGGGAAUUCGAGGAAUUUUACGGUCUCACACUUUCAAUUUCUCUUCAAAAAAAGCAAAAAUUUAUUUUCAGUGAAAUGGCCACAGUCGCCUCAAAACACUCGGACUACGGUCAUUUCAUCCGUGGCUCGGCGAGCCAACCAAAACCUCUUCGAGCACCUUCCGAAUCUCGAAGUCGAACAAUCGCCGAGCAGGAAAAUAUUCACAAAUUGCUCUCGCAAUGUCGAACCAGUCAACGUGGAAGCUCGUUUGGACAACAUUCUAUCAGAUCACCAGGUUAUGCGACUUAUUCGCCGGCUCGCGGAAGCGGAAGCGGAACCGCGGGCUCCGGAAGCAAAUCCGGAUAUCACUCAUUGGACAGAAAAUCACAUUUGGCCGAAUUUUCAGCGAGCGGUGAUAAUCGAAUUGCGGCGUUAUUGAGUCCGAGGCGGAUUCCGAAUCCACAACCAGGUUGGUUUUUUGGCGGGAAAAUUUGGAGCAUUGCUCAUAUUAGAAAGCUCGAGAAAAAUAGAUUUUGAAGAGCAUUACUCAUUUUAUAUUCACAAAAAAAAAUCCCGAAACUUUUUUUGAGCAUUGCUCAUGUUAAACAAAUGUCAAAAUAGCAAAAAUCAGAGCAUUGCUCAUUUUAACGCAUAUUGCUCAGAUUAGGAAAUUAUUGAAAUUUUAAAAAAUAUACGGCAUUGCUCAUUUUAAUCUAACAUUUUUUAGCAAUGCUCAUUCUAAGAAAUUUGAAGCAUUGCUCAUUUUAUGAAAUUUGGAGCAUUGCUCAUUUUAUGAAAUUUGGAGCAUUGCUCAUUUUAAGAAAUUUAGAGCUGUUUUCAUUUAAAGAAAUUUGAAACAUUGCUUAGACUAAGAAAUUUGGAGCCUUUCUCAUUUCAUGAAAUUUGAAGCAUUGCUCAUAUUAAGCAAAUUUUCUAAAGUUAGAUUUUUUCUGAAAUUUAAGCAUUGCUCAUGUUAAAAAAAAAUUUAUUUAAAAAAAAUCCAGAUAAUCAAAAUUAUUGCUCAGAUUAGAAAAUUAUUUAAAGUUCGGAAAUUUUAAGCAUUGCUCAUAUUAAGCAAAGUUUCUAAAUUUCGAUUUUUUUCUAUAAUCUAAACAUUGCUCAUAUUAGAUUUUUCCCCCAAAAAUCCUAAUAAAUCCCAUUUAGCUUCUUUUUUUGUGUGACAUUUUUUAUUUUUCAAAAAAAAAAUUUGAAAUCCAAUUUUGUUUUGUCCUUUCGCGGCCCACUUCUAAUCCGCUUUUUUUUCAAAAAAAAUUUUUUAUUUUUUUUUUUCUCCGCUUCUCUAACCUCUCGCUUUUUCUAACAGUCUCUCAUCAUCAACACCAUCAAAAUCGCCAUCAAAAUUCGCUGAACGCUUCCGGAAUGUCGAGAUCAAUGAUUAUGCUGGAAACCCUGUCGGCAGUCACGUCACCGCGUCAAUCGCGGCGUCAGAAUUUCGCCGCAAGCGUCGUGAAUUCGCCGGUGCGACGUUCGCACUCGCCGCGUGGACCAUCUUCCGCACGGAUUCCUCUCUCUAUCGCUUCCUCGUCGCCUGUUACUAUUAACAAGGGUACUAACUUUUUGGGUUACUGUAGCUGCCACGUGGCAACGUUUUUUGUUUGACUUUUUUGAUUUUUUUGGUUACUUACUGUAGCUUUGAAAUUUUCGAAUUUUAUGUUCAAGUUACUGUAUCUGAUAAGAAAAUCCACGUGGCAUUUUGAACAACAAAACCCCUACCGUACACCUACAGUACCCUACAGUACAAAAAAAUUUUCUCCAGCUCGCCCCCGAAACUCAUCCUCGUCUGGAAUCUACGGAACUUAUCACUCAGACGCUUUUCAACUUUAUCGAUUGGCCGACGAUCAAAUACAGUACUCCUCGAAUGGGUCUCGAAGCGAAAUGGGUUCGCAAUUGUCGUUGGCAUCCACUACGGCUUAUGCAUCGGUGAGAGAAUUUUGGGUUACUGUAGUUCUAAUCUACAAAAAAUUGGAAACAUUUGAGAUCAAAUAAGUCUGGGUUACUGUAGUUUUUUUGGUUACUGUAAGUUCUGUGAUCUACAAACAUUCUGGAAUUUUUUGAAACCAAAUAAGGUUGGGUUACUGUAGUUUUUCAGAUCACUUCUAGAUUGAUUUUGAUCUACAAAAAUUACAGUAAGAUUUUUCUUGAUCUACAAAAAACUUGGAAUUUUUUUGAGACCAAAUAGGCUAGGUUACUGUAGUUCUAGAUUGAUAAAUUUGUGAUCUCCCUCAAAAAAUCCCAUUUUCUUCCAGCUCAACGAUAAAUACGAGCAUGCGAUUCAAAAUAUGACGCGAGACUUGGAAUCUUACAAAUCCACAAUCGAUUCGUUGACCAAAAAACAGGAGAACUACACGUCACUCUUCGAACUCUUUGAGCAAAAAUUGCGAAAAUUGACGAGUCAUAUCGAAAAAUCGAAUUUGAAGUCGGAAGAAGCGGCGAGAUUCAGACAAGAUAUUGCUCAUCUUAGAGAGAUUUCGACGCAUUUGGCGAAGGCGACACAGGUUAAACAGCAUAAUGUGAGUGUUGGGGAGAAAUUGUGUCAGACUUGCAGAAGUGGGCGGGGCUUAGGGUUGAGAAAUUCUGAAAUUUAAAAUUUCUCAAAAAAAUAAGUUUUGAAAAUGCUUGUCUUACUAAAAAUUUCAAAAAAAAUUUUUCUAGACAAGAAUUUUUUGCUGAAAACGCUGAAACUAUUGAUUUUCAAGAAUUUUCAGCUAUUUUUUGAGUUUCAGCACAAAAUUUUAGACUAGAACAAUAUUUUCAAAAAUUAAAAAAAAAUGAACAUUUUUGUUCUACUAAAAAUUCCAGAAAAUGUUUUUCUAGCCUAGAAUUUUACGCUGAAAACGCUGAAACUAUCAAUUUUUCAAGAUUUUCAGCUAUUUCUUGAGUAUCAGCACGAAAUUUUGAUCUAGAACAAUAGUUUCUGAAAUUCGAAAAAAAAAGAAAAUUUUUGUUUCACUGAAAAUUCCAGAAAAAACUUUUUCUAGACUAGAAUUUUACGCUGAAAACGCUGAAACCAUUAAUUUUCAACAAUUUUCAGCUAUUUGUUGAGUUUCAGCACAAAAUGUUGGUCUAGAAACAUUUUUUUCUGAAAUUCGAAAAAAAAUGAAAAUUUUUGUUUUACUGAAAAUUCCAGAAAAUAUUUUUCUAGACAAGAAUUUUUGCUGAAAAUGCUGAAAUCAUUGAUUUUCAAAAAUUUUCAGCUAUUUCUAGAGUUUCAGCACGAAAUUUUGAUCUAGGAACAUUUUUUUCUGAGACUCAAAAAAAAAUGAAAAUUUUUGUUCUAUAAAAAUUCCAGAAAAAUUGUUUCUAGACUAGAAUUUUACGCUGAAAACGCUGAAACUAUUGAUUUUCAAAAAUUUCCAGCUAUUUUUUGAGUUUCAGCACAAAAUUUUAGACUUGAACAAAAAAUUUGACUACAAAAAAUAUUGUACCAGGCUUGUCGUGGCUCAAAAUGCUCCAAAUUUUACGCUGAAAAUUUCAGGAUGGAGCUGGUGAACUCUUGCGACAACCCAGUCUAGAAUCAAUCAGAUCUUCAAUGUCAAGUUCGUCGAAAUCCAGCAAACACGAUAAAAUGAGCCUGAACUCGUUUGGAAAAUCGAAAAAGAGCUGGGUAGGUUUUUUUUUGAAAUUAUUUUUUUUCAAAAAAAAAAUUUGAAUUUUUUUUUAUUUUUAGGCGCUUAGCGUUGAUUCACAGGUAACGUGAAAGUGUAGUGUUGUAGUUUUUGUGAAAUUAUUGAUUUUUUUGGGAAUUGUUUAAGAUGAGCAAUGAUUUAUUUUGCAGAUUCGAAGCUCGCUGUCAAAAUUGACCAAGAAGAAACAUUCAAAAGAUGAGAUGCCUUCGAUUUCUGGAUCUCAGCAAAUGUAAGUUUUUGACUGAAAAUUUGAGAUUUUGGCUGAAAAUGGGCGGUCCCAUGAUUUUCAGCGCGAAAUUUGGGGCUGGGAGGUUUUUUUGGGAAAAAAUUCUGCAAAAAAAGUUCUUGACUGAAAUUUUGCGCUGAAAACGCUGAAAAUAAAGGCUUUCAUGGUUUUCAUAGUAAAUUUUUUAUCUAGAAAAAAAUUCCACGUCAUAAUUCACAUUGAAUUGUUUUUUUUUUUUAAUUGCUGAAAAUGAGAGUUUCCGUGAUUUUCAGCUCAAAAUUUCAGUCUAGACAGUGUUUUUGCCACGUCAUAACUCACUUGAAUUCAAAAAAAGUGGACGUGGCUUAGAAUACACCAUAUUCGGAUCAAAAUGCUUCAAAUUUCAAGCUGGAGUUCUAAAAAUUGGAAUUUUCAUGAUUUUCAGUGCAAAAUUUCAGUUUAGAAAGUGUUUUUGCCACGUCAUAACUCAUUCUAACAGAAAAAAAAUUUUGAAAAUAAAAAAAAUAAAAAUAUACACCGUGUUCGGACUCAAAAUGCUCCAAAUUUCAGGCUGGACAACGUCGACGUCAUCGAACUUCGUCAAGAACUUCAAGAUCGCGAUUCAACACUCACCGAAGUUCGCUUAGUUGCUCUCGAUCGAGCUCGUCAAGUCGACAUGCUCCUCGAAACCGUCAACAAACUCAAACACGAAAAUAAGCAGCUGAAAAAGGAGCGCGACAGAUCGAACUACGGUACUCGCGCAUCAUCACGAGCUUCCGAAGAGCCACUCUAUGACGUGGCAGCCGCCGCCACAUCCAGUUCAUCAGCUUCGGCAAGAAGUUCAAUGGGUCCCGCAGCGAUCAAGGUUACUGUAAAUGUGGAUUUGGCGGGACGGAUUUGUCAGGCCGUGUGUCCGGAUAAUGAGAUUAUCUUGGGAUAUCUACAAAUCGGCGCGCAAAUUUCCACGUGGCAAGAUGUUGACACGAUGGUUAUGGAUUUGUUUGCGGCUUAUGUGAAGCGGAUUGAUCCCGAACGAACACUCGAUAUUUUGGGAGAAGCUAUUUUGGGUGAGUUUUCUGAAAUAAAAUAUGACUAGGGUUACGGUAGGUACAGUAAUCCAUAAAUUUUGUAGAUCAAAAAGCUUUACAUAUAAGUUUCAAAACUUGUGUAGAUCAAAAGAUGAACUACAGUAAUCCAAAAUAACUAUGGUCUCAAAAAGAUCCAAUAAUUUUUGUGGAUCAAAACAUUUAUAAAUCAGAGUAAGCCAGAGUAUCUACAGUAAGCUACAGUACCCUGGGCAUAUUUGGUUUCAAAAUGUUCCAAUUUUUGUUGGAUGCAAACUGAAUCUACAGUAAUCUACAGUACCCUAGACAUUUUUUAUCCAAAAAAAUUUUUCAGUUGAUAAAAAACAAACCUACAGUAAUCUGAAAACUACAGUAGUACCCUAGGUAUAUUUAGUGCCAGAAGAUUCCAAAUUUUGUGUAGAUCAAGAAAAACAUGACCGUAAUUUUUGUAGAUCAAAGACAAAUCUACAGUAAUCUGAAAACUACAGUACCCUAGGUAUAUUUAGUGCCAGAAAAUUCCAAAUUUUGUGUAGAUCAAGAAAAACCCGAUCGUAAUUUUUGAAUAUCACAAAUUUGAAUAGUUGGAACUACAGUAAUCCAACAUUGUUUAGUCUCAAAAAUUUUCAAACUUUCUGUAGAUCAAGAAAAACCUUACCGUAAUUUUUGUAAAACACAAAUUUAAAUAUCUAGAACUACAGUAACCCAGUCUUGUUUAAUCUUAAAAAAUUCCAAAUUAUGUGUAGAUCAAAAACAAACCCACAGUAAUCUGAAAACUACAGUACUCUGGGGAUAUUUGAUGUCAAAAUAUUCCAAAUUUCCAGUAGAUCAAACUCUUUUUGUUUCCAGGCUAUCAAAUCGGUCAAAUGUCUCGCCACAUCUCACAAACCGCCACCUCAAAUCUUCCCACACCCUCCGCCACCCUUCACCCAACCACCACAAUUCGCCUAUUCCUCAAAGGCGCCGCCCAAAACCGCGUCGACUCUUUGGUCCUCGACACCCUUUUGCCCACCCAAAUGUUGACACAAUUGGUGAAAUAUAUCGAAACUGAGAGGAGAUUGGUGUUGGCUGGAGCUGCCGGAAUCGGAAAAUCGAAAUUGGCUCGAAGUCUCGCUGCCUAUGUUGCUUUGAAGCUCGAAAAUAGUGAGGAAAUUUUGGAUUUGAAGAUUCCUGAAGACACUGCGGAUCUUUUGAAAAUCGAAAAAACCCUCGAAAAUCUCCUGAGAUCUUCAAAACCCACCAUUGUCAUCAUUGAUAAUAUUCCGAAAAAUCGCAUCGCAUUUGUGGCCUCGGUUUUCGCGGCCAACUCUUGCUCCGCUCCCGGCCCCAUUGUCAUCUGCACAGUCAAUCGAUAUCAGAUUCCCGAGAUGCAAAUCUCGCAGAAUCAGAAUUUCAAAAUGUUCCUACUCACCAUGCGGAUGGAGGGAGUCGCCGGAUUCAUGUUGCGCUUCUUGCGCAGACGUUGCGUUGAGGCGGAAUAUCGGCAGUCACGGCAAAUGUCGAUGGAGAUGUUGGAGGUUAUUGCGUUUUUGCCGAAAGCUUUGCAGGUGAGCUGCGAUUUUUGGAGGAUUUUGAUACCAAACAUGAAUUGUUUUGCUUCAAAAAUCCACGUGGCAAAUCUGAAAACAUGAAAAACAGAUUCCAAAAAUUAUUGAGGCUGAAAAUCUACGUGGAUUUUUAACAGUGAAUUGAAAACGUGGAUUUCUGGAGCAUUUUUGAUACCAAACAUGAAUUAUUUUGCUUUAAAAAAUCCACGUGGUUUUUUUAGCUCAAAAAAAUUUCUGAAAAUUCAGAACACUUGAAAAAAAAUUCCAAAAAUUAUUGAUGCUGAAAAUCCACGUGGAUUUUCAGCAAUGAUUUUGACUCCAAAACUGAAUCGAGAAAUCUUUUCCACGUGGAUUUUUGAAGCAUUUUGAUACCAAACAUGAAUAAUUUUGGCUCAAAAAUCCACGUGGCAAAUCUGAAUUUUUCAGCUCAAAACAUUUUCUGAAAAUUCUGAAAACUUGAAAAACAGAUGUAAAAAACUGAUAGGAAAUUCCACGUGGCAAAAAUUAGUGCUAAAAAUCCACGUGGAUUUUCAGCUUGAUUUUUUUUCCACACUAAAAUUAAAUUUGCAACAACUUUUGCUGCUAAAAAUCAAAAAAUCCACAUUUUUCGAAAAACUUUAUCACGUGGAUUUUUUUUUUAAAUAUUGAAAAAAAAAAAAUUUUCAACACCUCGAAAUCCCAAAUUUUUAGGCCGUGAAUCAAUUUAUCGAAAAAACCAACUCAAUUGACGUGACAAUUGGUCCACGUGUCUUUUUGCAAUGUCCACUUUCAGUUGAUGAAUCCAAAAAUUGGUUCAUCAAAUUGUGGAACGACAAUUUUGUGCCCUACAUGGAACGAGUCGCGAGAGAAGGUAGGAAAAUUCGAAAUCAGCGCAAAAAUCUAGCCUAGGGGGUAGGGGAACUCGAACUGGGGCCUUGAACUCGACAGGCAAAGUACUAACCAGCUGCGCUAUGUGGAAGGGUUCAGGAGACAGGUUCGAUCCCGCUUUUCGUCAAUUUUUUUGAAAGAAAAAUGUUUUUGGGGUAGAAUUUUAUAAGGAUUCUGAAUUUCUGGGUCUCACAGCUUGUAAACUGCUGGAAAUUUGAAUUUUAAGUAAAAUUUGAAGUUUUUAGACACCCCACUAGACUAUAUUCCGAUGUUUCCUAAUUUUGAGGGUCCUACCACGAAAAGUUUCUCUUUUCUACAGUAACCCGGUCUUGUGGGGUGUCUAAAGACUCCGAAUUUCACAAGGACUCCGAAAAAAAAUCCAAAAUUUUUGCAGGAAAAAAGACAUUCGGUCGUUGCGCGAGUUUCGAAGAUCCCACCGAUUUGAUAUGCGAAAAAUGGCCAUGGCUCGAAGAUCCAGCUCCAGAAGACACUUUGCGUCGCCUUUCCCUUCAAGACCUCAAAUCCUCAGCUCCCGCCAAUAAUUUCAAUCCCCUUGAAUCAUUGAUACAACUGCAUGCCACCAAGCAUCCGCCCCUUUAA